GACAUUAGUAUGUGAAAAUCAACAAAUGGUAUUGGAUUGCGGAGGAGAUCGAUGGAUUUCAGUUCUCUAUGCUGCGUAUGGCCGAAAAGAUUUAAAAACCUGUCCAAGGAAGAAUUCUAGUCAUUGGAACAUUUAUUGUUCUACCAAAAAAGGAAAUUCUGUGGCAAGAAAUUUAUGCAACGGGAAACAUAAAUGCUACCUUCAGGCCAGUAACUCGGUAUUUGGAGACCCCUGUCAAGGAACCUUCAAAUACCUUAAAGUGAUGUAUUAUUGCCAUAAGCAUCGCAUUUAUGGAAGAGAUCUGAGUGAAGAAGACAAAAGAGAGACUGAAGACAUGAUGAAGAAAGAUGAGGAGUAACUAAGUAACUCAAGUCUGAAAUUGUGUUCUUAGUGCAUUUUUAA